AUGGACGACAUCCCCACUCACUUCACCGGCUGCGGCGGGAACUCGCCCUUCGACAAAAUCAAAACGCACUUCCCCCCGGCUAAAAUCAAGAAGAUUAUGCAAACAGAUGAGGACAUCGGCAAGGUGUCCCAGGCGACGCCGGUGAUCACCGGCCGGUCUCUCGAGUUCUUUAUCGCAAUGCUCGUCGACAAGUCCAGCCAGAUGGCCAAGGAACAGGGCUCCAAGCGGAUCAGCGGCGAUAUCAUGAAGAAGACGAUCAUGGCCGAUGAGAAGUUCGACUUCCUCCGCGAAAUCGUGUGCCCGGAGGCCGUCAAGCACGAAGACUCGACGCACGACGAUGCUGAGGCUGAUGUGGAGGGCGCGCAGUACGCAGCCGAACUCUAG